CUGACCGUUGGUAUUCAGAACAUGUGCGAGAGAGUCAGUAUUUACUUCAAAUCGUCAAAUGUUCCGAUCUUAAUUGCUGCAAACCAUCACGAAGUGCUUUGAAAUGCAUUUUGAAAGACAGAUUCCUGCCUCCACCAUUUACUCUCAAACAAACUACAAACAGCAUUGAAGCUACAGAUUUCAGCGCAGAGCAUCGAUUCACAUCAAUCCUAUUGAAUGGUUUUAUUAAUAUUAAGCUGAACUACGAUGGAAUCGGAGACAUGCCUUACGAUUUUUAUUGUCCUACUAUUAAAAAAGAUUUAAAUAGAAGAAUUUGUCAAAUUUGUGGUUUAUAUUUUACUAGUAAAAAAAAUGUUAAAACCCAUAAGCAGAACGUUCAUGGAAAAACAGUGUCUGCUCCCAAAAAAAUUCGCCCGUUUCGGAUAGUAACAAAACGAGGCCAGGAACUACUAGUCCAAAAAGACAAAGAAGCAGAGAAUGUUGAAUGGGUAGAUGUGGAUACCAUUGAAAAUCCGGAUGUGCCUAAUAAUGAUCCUCAAGACUGCACUAUGCCACAGAUUGAUAAUUUACAGUCGUGGAUGGAAAAUCCAUUUGAAGAAGAAUAA